CGGAAAGGUUCCCGGACUCCCUCCGGAGCUGGAAGUUCUAAAAUUCGGAACGGGUAUGUUACGACGAAUUGGCCUUUGGGAAGCCCCUGGGAGGCAAAUUUUCCGUUACUACGGCGUGGUCUUUUGGAUGGGAUUGAUUCUCAUUGGACCGAAAGCAAUUCUCGGUUCCGGAAAGGAAGGUUUCGAUUCUUUGGCUAGGAAUACUGCAGAGUUGAUCUUCUUCACCGAGGUGUGCAUUUCGAUUGGGAUUUUUGCGACUAGGGGCGAGUCUUUCCGGAAGCUGGUCCAAGUGUUGAGGGAGUCUAUCGGGUUGUAUGAUUCGAGACAGUGUUUGAACGAGAUUGGAGCGUUCAACCGGAAGAUGGAGCUGUUUGCAAAAAGUUAUGCCGCUUAUAUCGCAUUUUUGGUGGUGAUGUUUUUGGGUGUACCCUUCGCUUCAACUUUGUUUAAGCUAUUCUUUCCGCACGAAGGCGAAUAUUUGUUGAUUGUUGAAAUACAAUUUUACUGGUUGGACAUUCGUCAGAACUUGCUUCACAACAUAGUCUAUCUGAUAUUCUGCUCGACGGCCAUAUUUUGCUCGGCAUAUCAGAGUUCGAUGAAAGGUGCGGUCAUUCUGGUGAUCAUUCAAUAUGGGACCAAACUUUUCGAUCUUAUUAGAUCUGAAAUCGGACAGCUCCACAAAGUUUCGACGGAUAAAAAUCGGAAAGCCAAACUUCGGACCAUAAUCGAGCAGCACAAAUUGGCGCUGAAGUACACCAAACAUUUGGAGGAUACCGUCAACUUUAUACUGAUUAAUCAGAUAUUGAAUUGUAUUCUCAUUUGGUGUUUGAUGAUGUUCUACGUCUCCACCAAUUUUGGACCGAACGCCGUCACCGUAAUAAUCCUGUUUGUUGUUCUGAUGGGAGAGAUGGUUGUUUAUUGUGUCAACGGAACCAUGUUGAGUGAAAGCGCAGCAGCAGUAGGCCACGCCAUCUAUCACCAUCCCUGGUACGAGGAAACAGUAGGCUUGCAGAAGGAUAUGCAACUGGUGAUGAGACGGGCUCAGAGGCCUACUGGGAUUACCGCGGCCAAAUUCUACUUUGUCAACAUCGAGCGACUGGGUUUGGUGGUUCAAGCCUCGUACUCGUACUAUUUGAUAUUGAAAAAGAAUUUUUAGAGAGUUUUUCUGUAAGUAGUUGAUCACAUUGUUUUUGCAC